AUGUGUGGACGAUACGCAAUGGCCUUAGGCCGUCGUGAAAUCCGGAAUGCCCUCCACGAUGCUGGUCUUGAAAUCGACGAAGACGAACUGGACGUCGACCGAGUCCGAGAAUCUUAUAACGUUGCACCGGGAUACUACGAACCUAUAUACCGUGCUGUCAGCGAAAAUGCUGGCCCGGCCGACAAUGAUGCCGACCUUCCAACUGCUAGUAGCGGCGAUCCAGAUGACGGAGAAUCAGAAACCAUGGAUGAAUCGCACGAUGGUGGCAAAGAUAUUACAAGGACGACAGAAGUGACAGAUAGUGGCAACAUAUUAAAUGAUUCGCUCUCCAAGUCUAGCGAUGGAAAAGUCAAAUACGUUUUAUCAGCAAUGAAAUGGGGAUUGGUCCCAUUCUGGACGAAGCGAAACCCAGGUUACUCUUCAAUGUUAAAGACAAUAAACUGUCGCGAUGACUCCUUGUACGAUAACAAGGGAAUGUGGACAUCGAUGAAGAAUAAAAAGAGAUGUAUAGUUGUCGCGCAGGGUUUCUUCGAGUGGUUAAAGAAGGGCAAGGAUCGGGUCCCACACUUCACAAAAAGAUCGGAUGGACAACUAUUAUACAUAGCCGGACUAUGGGACUCCGUCAGAUAUGAAGACUCAACAGAGGAACUCUACACGUAUACAAUAAUUACAACUUCCUCCUCGAAACAACUCAAUUUCCUCCACGACCGCAUGCCAGUGAUAUUUGAACCCAAUUCUCCACAAAUAAAGGAAUGGCUCAACCCUUCUCGUGUUUGGGACUCCGGUCUCCAGAAACUUCUUCAACCAUUCGAAAAACAGGGUCUAGAGUGUUAUCCCGUCAGAAAAGAAGUCGGGAAAGUCGGAAACAACUCACCAAGCUUUAUCGUCCCAUUGGACAGUGAAGAUAACAAAUCAAACAUCAAAAACUUCUUCUCAAAAGGUGGCAAACCUUUACAACCUUUUAAAGAGCCAGAAAAGCCGUGGACAAAUCCAAAGAGAUUAUCACACGUUGAUAGUGAUAACAAAAUGGAGGCGGAAGACGUAAAGGAAGAGGAUACCAAGCAGGAGGAUAAUUACAUAGAAGAGGAUGAUAUCAAGGAAGAGAGUUUAGCACAAGAUACAGAUUUCAUGGAAGAGGCACAUUCGGAUACACCUAUGGAAGAUGACCUAAACCUCACAUUAAACCCAGAUGAGGCGGAUUCUAGUACACCUCUGCCCCUUUUACCAUCGCCCUCCAAAAGUCCGACCAAAUCGAACCCAACAACACCGCUCCACCCCGCCCCUAAACGCAAGUUGUCGGAAAUAUCAUCAGAUGACACUGAGCCGCCAAUGUCCUCGCCGAUCAAAACCCCUUCACCAGUGAAGAGAGAGCAAAGAUACAAGGAUACGGCACUUCUUACCAUCCGCUCCAAACCUAAAUUCGCGGGUGAAGGUUACGAUAAGAUACCAAUAUUAAAAGACGCAGGUGCUGUCUCAACAAUAUGUUUUGAGCUUCCUGAUCCUGCAACCGGGAAGCCACCGUUUAAGAUAGAAGCUGGCUCGGUAGCUGUUACCGGUGCCUUUUGUGAGUUUUGGGGGGAUUUGGGAUGCGCAGGAACUCCAAAGUUUGGUGCUAGGGAUGGAGAUGUGUUAGAUGAUUUAAAACUGGUUCCUGGUGAGUAUUCCUGGUAG